GUGGGAUCCAAACGGCGGCCUCUGGUUUCAGAGAGCGCGGAAACUGAAACAACUUCUGCACGUGCUUCAGUUUGUUUUCCUCCUUUGCUAAAUUCUUUCAUAUUUUUCAUUUUCGCGCUUGUGAAUGUUACUUCACAUAUCACUGUACCUUUGGUUGCAACGUAUCGAACCUUAUGAUUUCCCUUUGAAUGAAGACACGUGACGGAUCACUGAAUAGCUUCUGUUUGUUUGGGUUUCGCCCAACGAAAAGCCUCCGAGGUUGUUGAAAUUGUGUGCAUUGUGGGUGCAUUUGCAUUUAUUUAAAAAGUUUUGGGGUGUAUUUUUUACACUAGAGGAUUGAAACAGCCAGUAGGUCACGACCAAACAGUAGUGAAACCAGUCAAAGUUAUUUCGUACGGCGCAGAUAUGGCGAAAGGAAACGGCCGAGGUGUUUUUUCAACAGGAGGGAGCAAGUGCUGUGGUUGUUGUUCAGGAUGUAUGCGGCGAGUUAGCAAAGACUUGUUGCUUGUUCUUAUAAUCAUUGGUGUCGUGAUCGGUUUUGUUAUCGGAGCUCUCGUCAACGAACCAGUCAAUAACAUCGAAGAUGUCGAAGACAAGAAAACGGUUUUGAUGUUGAUCGGAUUCGCUGGCGAGCUUUUCAUGAGUAUGCUGAAGAUGCUGAUUCUUCCUUUAAUUGUGGCUAGCUUGAUUUGUGCGUUGGCAUCUCUUGACGCGAAAGCUACCGGCCGUGUUGGAAGACGAGCUCUUGUUUAUUAUUUAUCGACGACCAUCUUGGCAGUCAUUCUUGGAAUAGUGUUGGUAGUGGCCAUCAGGCCUGGGGAAACUGACGAGGAAAAAACUGGGAAGAAAGAAGUACAACCUGUGAGAACCUUGGAUGCAUUUUUGGAUCUGAUCAGGUAAUUUAUCACAAUACGCAGUUAAUAAUUUUUAUUAGAAUUUUCCACAUUAAACUAUCCAUUUAAAUUAAUGGCUUUAGUUAUUUCUUUUGCCCUUAGGGUCACGUCAGGGUGCGAAAUGUCGUUUCGACUUGUUUAUGAAGGUUUAUGUUUGUUAAAACGAGUAUUCUGACUCUUACGUGACACUGAUACCACUAAAGUGAUAUGAAAAAGAUCCUUAUCUUUACAUUAUAAACUUAUUGCUACAGUCUUAUCGCAAAGGAAAGAAGUUUGAAAUUUUCGGAGAAACCGAUAUUGCUGUUUUAUGUCCGUAAAGGAGUUGUUUACUUUUCCUGUUGCGAAAGAGCUUUUUUUAUUCGUUAAGUCGCAAUUUUAUCACGAUUUAAUCGAUCAAAUAUAAUCCUUUCGAUCCUAACUGGAUCUGAAUUUGGCAAGAGAAAACCUUUGGUGUCAGUCGUAUGAGGACACUGAAUAUCGGUAGGAAGCACAAGUUUCCGAGCAGAAACGUCUAGAAAUAGAAACAAAUAAGUUUCAGCGGCGUUCAAAGUCACGAACUUAAAUUGAAUUUGAAAUGACCCACACUUUUUAGCGGCUUUCUCUUUAUAUCUCGCGAACAGUUAACAUUUUUUGAAAGUGUGAAUCUUAAAGUUUUUUUUGCGAGACUUUUUUAUCUCUAUAUAGUUUCUUAGCACAGUUUUCACAACAAAUUAUUCAUAUGGCGUGGGUUUGUUGACAUUACAGCUAUUGGGAAGAGCACUUGAAACAAACAAAAUGGCACAUUUUCUGGAGAAUUCUUCGAUCUCCAAGAAAUACACUGAUAUCAGAUUAUUCAUAUUUUAUCUUAAAAUAUGAAAGGGAUUAUUCGAAGCGAAUAUGUCAGGAUUAACCUGUGAAUAAAUAUAAUGAGUGGGAACUCUUCCUGCAGGAAAUUUAAUUAAAAUUUGCAACAUUUUUCGUAGGAAGGACCAGAUUUUUGGUAGCAAAUUUCCUGUUAACCAUACUCGUCUUUCACUUAUAUUAUCAGGUUUUUGAACUGGAUAUUUUACGCGAAUUUGAAUCAAUUUUCGUUCAACUAACAGGUUUUUGCAGGAAAUUUCUUGUUGAGCUGAAUUAUUCUUUGGAGGAAAUAACUAUUCAUUUCGUUCAAUUUUCUUAAUUUUCUUGAAUUUCUGCCUAAUUUGAAUCAUGUCUUUGCUGAAAAUGUCUCUCCAGAUUUUUUCGCAGGAAAUAUCAUGUUAAUUUGAGAGAUUUUUCACAGGAAAAUUUAAGGUUUUUCUUUAGCAGGAAGUUGCUUUGAAUACAAUUCAGCAUAUAUCAACUGCCCAGGAUUAACAACUUCAUUUUGUAAAAAUCACCAAAUCAAAGAAUUGUUGCAGAGUUACAUUUAAGGUCUGAAAGAAACUUGAGUGGAAGUAAAGAGAAAGUUCCAGUUACAAGAAUUUAAUUGUUAUCAUUCAAUCAAAAGUAUUCAUUAAUUUUGAAAUUAAUGAUCAUUAAAAUUUCCUUACAUAUUUCCUUUUACAGGAGCUGUUUCCCAAGUAACAUAGUUGCAGCAACCUUUCAGCAGGUAUAGUAAACAUUGAAUAAAUUAACCCUUUAACUCCCAAGAUCUGAUUGUUAACUCUCCUCUCUAAUUGCUACACAUUUCCUUGUAAAUAAGUUAUGAGAAUUCAAUGGUAGAUCAAGAUGACAACUUCUAUCUGAUACAUUUUAGUAUUCUCAUUUCCUGUUUGCUGGAUAGUGCAUGAAUAUUGUAGGGAGAAGUUAAUUGUUAAUAACCUUUGGGAGUUAAAGGGUUCAUUAACAAUGAAAUGAUAGCUAAGUGGUUGUAAUGUUUUCUGUUGAUCUGUCCUGUGCAUCAAGUCUGUUUUAUUCAUGCAUACCCAAAAUAGUUUCAUUAUUCUUUCUGGAACUUAUGGUUAUUUAAUUUUGUUGCCAAUGUUUGCAUGUGAGCCAAAUAAUAGCCAUUAUAUUCCACUUUCUCUUUUGUUAAGCCACAGAGAGUGUUCUUGGAUUGCAUGCUAAUCCAUCACCAUUAGCACCCCCCUUCUCCAUCCCAAGUACUUUUUUUAGGGUUAGGUCACAAUUAAAUGUACUAGGUAAGAUUAUUUUUCCUAGUUUUUGGGAGGCAUAUGACUUGCAUGAAUCUCGUUAAAGCUUCUUUCCUGUCACUUCCGAAAUUGCUGCUCAUCUGCAUGGAUAAUUUUUUCUACUUGGAUUCAUAAAAUGGUGGGCAUCUUUCUAAUUAAUAAAAAAUUUUGACCAUAUUGCUUCUUUUUCCUAAAUCCUUCAAAAGUUUUAGAAACAAAUAACCUUUGGAGAAUUACUUUUCUGAGUAGUGAUUAGAUCUUUGAACAAUACUCAUUGACGACAUUUUUGUUUGUUUCAGAAAAAAACCAAAUAUACAACAAGUGAGCCAGUGUAUAAAAUGGAAAAUACGACAUUUCCAAAUGGAUCAUGGGCAAUGCAGAAAGUCAUGACCAAGGGUAGUUCCAACACUGUUCCUGACGGGCUGAUGGUAGAUCCAAAGGGAUCAAUCAAUGUCUUAGGACUUGUGGUGUUUUCCAUUGUGUUUGGAAUUGUUUUGGGAAGAAUUGGUGAACGUGGCAUGCCCCUGAAGGCUUUCUUUGAAGCACUGAACGAGGUGGUAAUGAAGAUGGUGACGUUGGUCAUGUGGUAAGUGAUAAGGCCAGGUUACAAAAUGUUUGUUUACUUAACAAUGAGUGUAUUAAUGAAUUUAUUGAAAAAAAAUAAGACAUUUGCCCUAGAUCUUCAAGUGUAUGCCUUUACAUGGCCUUCCAUUAUCCUAUUAAAUCUAAAAAAUAUCACAUAAAAUUAAAAUACCUGAUGUCAGGAGUAAGUUAGUCAAUGUAAGGAUGAGUCUCGAGAAGAAGGAAAGGUGCACCCCCACCCCCCCCCCCUUUAGAUGAGCUUCAGCUUUCUCAUAUAAUUUUAGGGUUAUAAAUUCUUAGCGGUUUACAUCAUGUUAUUGCCUAGUGAUAAGCUGCCUUCUUCAUUAUUUGCUUUUAAAAUUUAUUUACAUCACCUAUCAUUAACCUCAUUCCUUAGUGGGGUACCCCCCCUCCCACAAAAAGUCCAGGAUUCUUUCCUGCGCUAGAAGUAUUACUGACUAAAUACCUGUUUGUCCUGUUUGGGCUAAUUGGUGUUUUAAACCCUACUAUUAUUUGAUAAUUAGGGAUACCAAAUAUUGAAUGAAUAAGCACACACUCAAAUUACAUGUAAGACAAGGGAUUGAUUUUUGGGUAUAUUUCCAUUAAAGGAGGUAACUUCUCCUGUACUGUCUUUAAAAAUAAAUUUUAGUUAUAAGGUAUACAAUGUGAAUUACAAUGAUUUAACUUUUUAACUAGAGUUACUAGCAUCAAAUUUCUCCUUACAAUAUCACCCCCAAAAUCACACAUGACGGUCACCAGAAAAUAGGAAAUGAUCACCAGUGAUAGAAGCUCUAGAUUGUUAAACAAAUUCUCCUUUUCAAUACCUCAGGAAACACAUUGAGACCUGUAUGGAGAAUAUGCCUUCUGACGUUCGGGUGUAAAGGGUUAAUUUAUUUGAGUUGUGUCGUAAGAUUUCUGGUAUUAAAAUCAAUAUAACUUCACCUCUGUUUCAAAAGUUGAUAAACUAAUUGUCAAAGUUUGUUUGCAGGUUUUCUCCAAUUGGUAUCUGCAGCCUAAUAGCAGCAAAAGUGGCAGCAAUGAAUGACAUCCUUGAGUCAUUAAAUAUGGUCGGCAUGUACAUGGCAACAGUGAUAGCAGGCUUACUGAUCCAUGCAAUAAUCAUUAUUCCAGUGCUGUAUCUGAUAGUAGUGCAUAAGAAUCCUCUGAGAUAUUUUCUUGGUUUGAGAGAUGCCAUAAUCACAGCAUUUGGAACCUCCUCAAGGUGUGUAAGAGUAGGAAACAGAGAACCAAAUGUUUCUUUUUUUAUCACAGUGUUGCAACUCCCAGACGUGAUCAAUAUGUAACUUCUCCACACAAUGUCUGUAUAUUUUCCAGCAAAUAGGUAGAGAGUAUAGAUCAUUCAGCUUAUUAGCCAGAGAGGGGAGUGAAGGGUUGCAAGAGACAGGAAGUGAAGGGCAUUAUUGUGGACAGGAAGUAAGAAAGAAAUGUCCAAAUGCCAACAUUAAGUUUAACACUUAAUCUGCUGCAUUUCAUAAUGAAGGAUACAGGAGUUAAUGUUAAAGGCUGGGAAGUAGAGAGCACUAGGGUACAGAAAGUUUAGAUCACCCUAUGCAGCUUAUAUUGCACGUAAGUUAGCUAAAUAAUUUAUGGAGUGUUUAUAGCUGCAUCACCUCAUAUUUUAAUCAAAACUGCCCAGUUGAAAGUUCUACUGCUAUGCGCUUUUCUUUUAGCGAGUUAGCCAUAUGUUCACUUGUGACUCUGAGUUGGUAACUUCCUUUAUUAGUCUUGAAUUAAUUGACUUAAAAGCUCAGAAAGGGAAGUUGUUUGGUUUGGUGAGUGGGUCAGAAUAGAUGAGCAAGGAAAACCAAUGGCAAGUUGAUAAUUUUAAAAUGUUUUUUUUCUUUAUCUUUCCAGCUCUGCAACUCUGCCAACCACCAUACGUUGUCUUGAGGAGCAUAACAAAGUUGAUGCCCGCAUCAGUCGUUUUGUGCUACCUCUUGGUGCAACAGUAAAUAUGGAUGGUACAGCUUUGUAUGAAGCUGUUGCUGCUGUGUUUAUUGCCCAGGCCAAUGGCAUCACUCUGAAUGUUGGACAGCUGAUAACAACAUGGUAAGCAAGGGGUAAAACUAGGAAUGACAGAAAAAAAUAUUCUCCUCACAACAGCUAUGCAUUUUCACCUAGAAAAGUGACGAGAAAAAUUUAAAAAAUUCAUCUGGGAAAUAAUGUUUGAUUUAUCACCAAAUUUUUAAAGAUAAAUACUGUUCUCUAUACAUUUCCUAAAGUGCUGAUUGGGAGAAUUUGUGUAAUCCUUUAACCCCUAAGAGUGACAAGCAUCCAAUUUCUCCUUACAAUAUCACCCUGAAUCAUGCAGUAAGGUCAUGAGAAUAAAGACAAUUAUAAGCAGCUAAAGAGGCUGUAGAUUGUUACACAAAUUCUCCUCGUCAGUGCCUAAGAGAAUGUACGAGAAACAGUAUGGAGAAUACCUUUCCUGAUAUUAGGUUGUAAAGGGUUAACAAUCUACAUCCCCUUUAGUUGGUGAUCAAUUUGUUUAUUUUCAUUGACCUUCAUGUUUGAUUCAGGGGGGGGGGGAUAUUGUAAAGCAAAAUUAGAUGUUAGUCACUCUUAAGGGCAAAAGGGUUAAUUGCCUAGAGCACUAAAAAUUUACAUGGACAGGGUUCAAAACUUGAGGUGAACCUCUCGAUCUGCUCUUCAAUAUCCCAAAUGUUUACCUUUAAGUCACCAUGUACUCUCUGUACACAGUAGCUUUACUAAAAGUUAUUUAUGUCCAUCUUCCUGUAGUUUCACAGCCACUGCAGCUUCUAUUGGUGCCGCAGGAAUACCACAAGCAGGACUGGUUACCAUGGUGCUGGUCCUCCAAGCUGUCAAUCUACCCACUGAUGACAUUGGUCUCAUCUUAGCAGUGGACUGGUUUUUGUAAGCUAUUGUUUCAGUUAAAUUUUCCCUUUUUUAGAAAUAUAUUUAUAAAGCCUACCAUUGAAAAUAUGUGUAAUUCAAGUUGCUUCAUGUAGGUUCUCCCUGUGACUUCCAGUUGUAAAUGGCUUAAGAUAAUUUUUGCCACAAGGAGUAAAAUCAUCAAUUUCUGGUAGCAAUGUAAAUGAAAAUAAUUCCGUACACUGCUUGGAAAACAUUGAAUUUAGUCAGGUAACAAAUGGCUUGACCUUAAGUAAGUUGUUCAGUUCCUUGGCUUUGUUACAGUUAACCCUUUAACUCCCAUGAGUGACCAACACAGAAUUUCUCCUUACAAUAUCAAUACAAUAUCAACCAGAUAAGUGAAGAGAAUAAAGAAAAAUAUCAAUUUGGGAAUAAUUCUUUGAUCCAAUACUAAAUUCUCUGAACAAACAUUAUAAGAAUUGUAUGGUUGACAGUAAGGAGAAUUACAAAUUUGAUCUGGGAAUUAAAGGGUUAAUGGUUUGGAUCAAGGGGUAACAUUUGAGAUCUCCUGGGUUGUGAUUUACCACAGAAUGUUGGGAUAGGUAUGAAUUGACCAGCAGGUCAGGCAUGAACUGGCACAAACUGGGUUAGAAUCAACUGAAUUUGGGUGCAAAUUGAAUGAGUGCAAAACAUCUGUGGAUUAAAACAUUAAAGGGUAUCAUACGCAGUAGUGACGGACUAUUUGAAAAUCUUUGUGGUGGUCAUAAGCAGGGUUGAGGACUUUCAUCAUCAGUCAUGAUCAAAAACUCAUCAUCAUCAAAGUCAAGUUAUGUCUUCCACUAAGGUUGUCAAGUAGGCAUAGACCUGAUAAACAUGGUUGUUACCUCAUUUUGACAAUCUUCUUUUUCCUUGGCAUAUGGUAUCUUAUGAGCUGAUACUUAAAUGUGUGAGCUAAAUUUUGCACAAUUCUCAUUCAUGACUGUAGGGAUCGUAUCCGCACUGCUGUGAACGUCAUUGGUGAUGCCUAUGGGGCUGGUAUUGUUGAGCACCUGUCCCGCAAUGACCUGAUGUCAAUGGAUUACACUGCACGAGAAGAGGACAUUCCCUUGGAACAGUUUGACAGAUACACACCAAAACCUGAAGGUACCAAUGGUGUACAUACAAGUGAUGCAUCCCUGCGUGCAACAAACUUCUAAGAGUGCUCUGGCCAAGCUGUAACUGGAUAAUAAGCUCUGCUGUAAAAGUAAUAAAUAUGAUGGUUAAUUAUUAUAGUUUGUAACUUAAGAAUACAUGUCAUGGAAGACUUGUUUUGUUCUAACAUGGUUGGCUUUCCUUUUUUCAUCAGAAGUAGCAGGUUUUUUAUUUUAAGGGCAUCAUUAAACCCUUUUAACUUGCAAGAUCUGGUUGUCAAUUCUCCUUGCUACCUACUACAUACUUCCUUGUAAAUUAGUGACAAGAAUUUGGUGUUAGAUCAAGGUAAUGUCUUCUACCUGAUAAGUUUGAGUUUUUUUCAUUUAUUUACUUGUUUGCUGGAUAAUGUAUGGAUAUUAUUGGAAAAAAUUGCUUGUUAAUCACUUCUGGGAAUUGAAGGGUUAUUAAUAAUUAAAAUUAUUAUAAUCAGUACACUGAGAAAAGUAAACAACUGAUUGUAAUGACUUUGUUGACUCUUUGCUUCCUGGGGCUUUCCAGGGCCAUUGUAGAUAAAGAAUAAAACAAAUUUCUAAGUAAAUGUUAGUUGUUUAAAAGUCACAAAUUGCUAAAGGAAGACUGGUUGGCUAUUUACAGACUGCAGGAAAGUGGUUAUACUUUGGGAUACAUAGAAAAAAAUACACAGUAAAUGAGGGUAACCCGUGGGAAACACGUGAUAGUGUGGUCUUAUUGUCUGGGUGAGUGUUGUCCUGAUAAGGACUGUUGACAGUAGUAAUGGCCAAUGUCUUAACAACCUGAGCAGAAGUCAUCAUCAGAAUUAAGUGAAUGGUUGUUGUUGGUCAAAAAGUCUGGUUCAUUUUAACUGAUCGGUUAGUUUUCCCAUGAUGUUGUUGGCUGCAAGACUCGGGUGGAGAGUGAAAAAUUUAGUGUGUAUUAAGAUGGCAUGCAUAGACCAAGUGUGAAGUUCAUUCAGCAAUUGAUGUUAUGCCUACUUAUAAGAAUACAGAAGUAAGUAAUUCAAGCAGUAGUUUAAGCAAGCAGUACAAUAAACCUAGAAUUUCUAGCAGGGUAGUUACUGUAAUAUAAUGUUGUAAAGAGCAAAAUGUCUUGUAGGCAAGUAGUAUAGUACACCUAUACAAACUAUAUCCAAAAGGUUUCUUAAAUAAAAAUAAGGUGUGGUUGGUG